AAGUCGGACAGCGAUAUAAGGCGCUCGAUCUAACAUUUUGAAUGCAGUUUAAGUGAACUCGUGUACUAUACUUGGUGGCUUCGCACUUCUUCAAAACUUAAGGAUAAUAAAAUGUUUGGAACAUGCAACCGAGAAAAGUUAUGGGGACUACUGUGCCUUAUACAGUUGGCGGUGCUAGCUUUAGCGGAUCUUCAUGCGCAACCGCCACCACGACGUGGCAUGCAACGGGUGCCCAACAUCGUCUUGGUUGAAAACAUGGCGACUACCAACCGCAAGACGCCACCGGCUGAGAUGGAACCCAAAUUCUGGAACGAUCUAGCACAUGCUGAGCUACAAAAGCGUAUAAAUGAGCCACUGAAUAAGAAUCGUGCGAAAAAUGUCAUACUCUUUCUCGGUGAUGGCAUGCCACUAACUGCCAUUACGGCAGCAAGGAUAUUACAAGGACAACGUGUUGGUUACUCGGGGGAAGAGCAGUUGCUGUCAUUUGAGAAAUUCCCCGUCACCGGUCUGAGCAGAACCUACUGUACCAAUGCGCAAGUUGCGGAUUCAGCGUGCACAGCAACCGCUUAUUUGACUGGCGUGAAAUCGAAUGGGCUGAUGCUCGGCGUCAAUGCAAAAGUCAACUACAACAAUUGUACGGCCAGCAUGGAUCCCGCAAAUCAUUUGACCUCACUGUACGAUUGGGCUCAGGCCGCGGGUAAAGCUUCGGGUUUCGUCACCACCACUUCACUAACUCACGCCAGCCCUUCGGGUGGUUACGCGCAUGUCGCCAAUCGUCAAUGGCAAUGCGAUGCUGAUGUGCUGGAAUACGACAACGAUCCGAACACUUGCACCGAUAUGGCUCAACAAUUGAUCUCACAGCAGCCAGGUAGAAGAUUGGAUGUACUCAUGGGUGGUGGUAUGGGUAAAUUUUUACCGAAUACGAUAACGGAUUUCUUCGGUAAUCGUGGUGAACGUUUAGAUGGACGAAAUUUACUAACACGCUGGCAGAAUCUACAUCCAAAUGGUGCCAUCACGAGAAAUCGUGAUGAACUCUUACGUGUCAAUAUCACUAAAGUAUCGAAUAUUAUGGGUCUCUAUGGUUCACGUUUGAUGGAGUAUCAUUUGAAAGCGGACGACAAUCAGCCGACUUUAGCCGAAAUGACUGGUGUCGCUUUGGCGUACCUCGGUCAAAAACCGAAUGGUUAUUUCAUCUUCAUCGAAGGUGGUCUUAUAGACUAUGGUAAUCAUGAGAAUAAACUCGCUCUUGCUUUGGAUGAAAUAUUGGAAUUCGAUAAAGCCAUUCAGUUAGCACGUGCUAUGACCGAUCCAGCAGAGACUUUAAUCGUUGUGACAGCGGAUCAUGGUCAUCCUUUGUCCAUGGCUGGUUUUUCGGAGCGUGGUACUGAUAUUUUAGGUUUGAAUGAGGUGACUCCGGCCGAAGAUGGUGUACCGUACGCUACAAUGGAUUAUGCAGUUGGACCACAGCAAUACCUGCAUCCAAACGGCACCAGAAUGGAUUUGACCGGAAAAAUGGGAGAUCCAGAAUUCGUGACGCCCAGCUACAUUAAACAAAGGGCAGGCGUCCAUUCCGGUGAGGAUGUGAGCGUAUACGCUUCGGGUCCCUGGGCGCAUCUCUUCACAGGCGUUAUGCAACAGAAUUCGCUACCGCAUCUCAUGGCAUAUGCGAGUUGUAUCGGUAACGGUCCGAAAAUGUGUGGAUGAACACGUGGCAAGCUGGAAAGCGCCUUCUAUUAAGCCUAAAUAUUUAUGCAUAGUGCUCGGAUUAAAUAAAAAAUAAAUAUGUAUACAGUUUUUAUGACCUACACGCAACAUAAUAUAGAGCUCAUGUAGCGAUUAAAUUAAAUCCCUUUAAUGAUA